AUGGCCACCAUCGACCAAGACCCCCUCCUCCUCCUCCGCCAAUCCAUCGCCGCCAACAAACCCGCCAUCCCCACCUCAUCCACCGACCCCAGCAGCCCCGCCGUGCCCCUAUCCCAAGCGACGCACCUCCGCUUCCCCCACGCCAACGACACCGUCAUACCCAUCGCGGCAUCGACGCGCUUCGUCACCUCGGGCGAAAACGGCGUCAACGUCCGCAGCAUCUACUUCGCCUGGCUGAACCGCGAGGUCGCUAUCCCCGAAUACAAUGCAUCGGCGGCGAAGCUGAAUGCCGAGCUCGAGGCCUCGGGGAGCGAAGGCUCCGUGCAUAACCUUGCGUUUGUUGAGCGUUUGGAUCUCAUUACGUGGUUGGAGGGUGCUAGCGAGGAGAGUGAAUACAUAAAGCCGUUGGAGGGAGAUAAGGCGGGUGGUGCGGCCACGAAGGGAGCUGCUGCGGCUGCGGCCGGGCUGACAAGGUCGGGACGGGGGACGUUGGAUCCAAGGAUGGCUGCGAUAUAUAGCCAUGAGAGGCGGAUGGGCGAUAGGAACACGGUGUUAAGAGGGAUCAAGCCUACGGACUUUUCCCACGUUAGGAAGAUCGCCACGGUCUUUGUCCAGAGGAAGCCCCAGCACCCUGGAACAAGCAGCAUCGCCGACCCGGCUCUAUCCUCGCAACGCGCCCCCGGCCGCCGACCCGACCCCAUCAUCCUCCUUUCCCCUUCAGCUUCCUCGCUUCUCCGGAUGGCCAACAUCCGCUCGUUCCUCGAGGACGGCCGCUUCUCGCCCCCCGAUGGUCCCGGCACCGGCACGAACAUGCUCCACGUCACGCGCAUGAUGCGCGACAUCGACCCAUCACGGCCGAUCCGGUUCAUCCUCGUGGAAGGCCCCGAGCAGUUCAAACCGGAGUACUGGAACCGCGUCGUCGCCGUGUUCACGACCGGUCAGGCGUGGCAGUUCAAGAGCUACAAGUGGUCUACGCCCAGCGAGCUGUUCAAGCACGUUCUCGGAAUCUACGUUGGUUGGAAGGGGGAUAAGCCGCCUGAUACGGUGGCGAGCUGGGGUCACCGCGUUAUGCCGUGCGCGGUGGAUAGGUGGAGGGAUGCGCCUGAUGCUGCUAGGUUUAGGGACAAGGAGGUUGUGGAGGCGAUUUGGAAGGCUAUUGAGGGUAGUAUGAGGUCGAAGGGCUGGAAGAGGGAUGCUGCGCCGGCGAGGAUCUAA